UAAGGACAUGUAACAGUCAAUCUAUUGGUGAAGCUGAAGAGGAGUACAAUCCUAUAAAAGAUGUCGGGUUUCUAAAAGUACUCCUUCGAAGCCAGCUGGGAAAAAGGAGACUAAUCGUGAAGGUAAUAUAGAAGAUGAGUUUGUUGGGAAAGAUGUUCCUAAGAUCCUUGAGGAGGAAGCUGAAGAGGAGUCCAAUCCUCAUAAAAGAUGUCGGGUUUUUAAAAGUACUCCUUCGAAGCCAGCUGGGUAUGUGUUUUUUUCCUGUUCACUAUUGUUUAUUAUAAAUUACUUUUUUGUUAAAGGGGUUACUAUUCUUACAUGUUGUAGUUACUUUACUGAUUUAUGAGAGUUAUGAUUUUUUUGUGUUGUUAGAGUCUUCUUGAAUAGGGUUUUAAAGUGAAGCACAUCAUAACGGUCCUAAUAAUAUCUCUUUAGAUUUAGGUUUAUGUAUACCUUUUGGCUUGGGAAGUUGGCUUACUACUAUGAGUCCCCUACAUAAGUAUAAAGUAAUCCUUUGUAUAAACUCUAUAGUAAGCCAUCAAUUAAUAUAACGUAACUCUUGUAUAACUGUAAAGUAAUCAAUGCAUGAGUGUAAAGUAAGUCCUUACACAAAGUCUAAAGUAAUCUCUAGAUAAAUAUCAAGUAACCACAUUAUAAUUCUAAAUGUAACCCCUAGCACAAGAUAUGAAAUAGGUAACCUUUUAUAUAAAAUGUAAAGUAACUUCAUCAAAAUUAUAGUGUGACCCCUACAUAAGUGUAAAGUAAGUCCUUGUACAAAUUCAAAACUAAGCCUUUGAUUUAUAUAAAGUUACCCCAUCAUAAAUGUAAAGGUAACCCCUUGCACCAAAUAUAUAAAGUAACUCCUAGUAAAUAACAAUAAUAACCCUUGCAUAAGUGCAAAGUAACCCCUUCCUAAGUGUAAUAAAUCAAGCUUUACAUGCUAUAAUUACUUUACUGAUUUAUGAGAGUUAUGGUUUAUUUGUGUUGUUAGAGUCUUCUUUAAGAGGGGUUUAAAGUCUUUUACGCUGUUAAGACUUUGAAGAUUGCAAAUAAAAACUGACUAUAUCACAAAUGAAUGCAAUGCCUUUCUACUUUAUUAAAUUUUGGUGGUUACUUCAAUGAAUAUAGACUGUUAUUUAUUUUCAAAUGCUAAUAUAAGUGUUAGUUUUAUUUUUCUGAUAUGUAUGUUUAGGACGUGUUAUUGUUUUUGUUAGUUAUUCUAACUAAAAUGUUUAUUGAUUUUAGGAAAAAGGAGACUAAUCGUGAAGGUAAUAUAGAAGAUGAGUUUGUUGGGAAAAAUGUUCCUACGAUCCUUGAGAAGGAAGCUGAAGAGGAGUACAAUCCUCAUAAAAGAUGUCAGGUUUCUAAAAGUACUCCUUCGAAGCCAGCUGGGAAAAAGGAGACUAUUGUAAGAUGUCGGCCGGCAACGCUUAUUGAUCUUUUCAAGAAACUUUCGACUGGACAAAAGGAGGUCGUAUGCAGUAUUGGUUUUGGUAGUUUGUUUAAACUGAAGCUAGAGGAAUUUCCUAGGGAUAUGAUACGUGUGUUGUGCCGUAAUUUCUGCCCGAAGGAUAAGGUUUUGAUGAUAGGUAAUCAUCGAGUUCAGUUGAAACCUGCCGAUGUUGCUGGUGUCUUUUGAAUUUCGAUGGGGAAAUUUAAAAUUCUAAUAUCUAAAAGAGAUGAUGAUAUAAUAUUGAAGAGUUUUUGAGAGAUGAUGAUAUAAAAUUGAAGAGUUUUUGGGUGGAAAACUAUGCUCAUUCAUCUGGGAUUGUUACGCCAGCAUCAAUGAGGAUGCUAAUGGAAAUGGAUGAUGAUUUUCUUAGUGGAAAUGAUGAUUUUAAGCGGUGUUUUGUAAUGUUUGAAAUUGUUACAUUGCUAGCACCUUCAUUAAACACUCAGGCAGAUUUUAAAAUCGUGCGUGCAUUGAUUGAUGUUGGUAGAAUUAAGGAGUAUGAUUGGUGUUCAUAUGUGUUGGAUGACUUAGCAACACGUAUGCAGAAGUAUGAAGACGGCAAGAGGUAUAUUGGUGGUUGUGUACUGUUGCUUCAGAUUUGUUAUGUACAAAGAUUGAAAUUUCAAGAUCUUCUUUCUCCUAAAUCUUUACCUUUGAUUCAACACUGGACUAUGAAGGAGAGAAUUACCCUCGAAGCGGGUAAAUAUGG